AUGGAUAUUGCUGCAUCUGUUGCUGCGGCCUCUGCUGCUGCAUGCGGCAUUGGUGGUUUACAGCAAGUAGCAUCAUUAGAAAGAGAGGUAUUGAAUACAUCUCUUCAUGACGGUUUCUCUUCUUCCCCAGCAACAGCAGCAGCAGCAGCAGCAUCAUCAUCAUCAUUAACAGCAGCAGCAGCAGCAUCAGCAGCUCCUCCCCCUAAUAGUAUUCCUCCUCAUCCUUUAGAGAUUCAACAGAAACGUUAUCUACAUGAAUUAGAGAAGGAGGAAUUCUCUCGUGCUGCUGCUGCCUUUGGCUACCAUUCAGUAUUAAGACUAAAGACAGAAAGAGAGUUGUGCGCAAUGACACAAAGAUUGCCAGGAAUUUCUUCUUCUUUUUUAGGUGUACAUACAGUUAUGGCUAUUGAUGAUCAAUUAUUAACUGAAGAAAUAUUCAAUAAAGAUAAAAUACACGAAGAAGGAGGACCUCUUCUUGGUGUACAUGAACGUAUAGAGAGGGCUAUGGGUAUUUAA